ACUGCUUGAGUUUAUUUUGUGGCAAGACCAACCAUUGUUGUUUACUUUGUGUCAAGACCAACCAUUGUUGUUUAUUCUUUAAAUGCUGGUGCUUUGUUGUUUCUGCUUGUAAUAAUUUCCUGCUGGUUCUUUCUCAAUAUCGGCCUAUCUGAAUGGGCUCUUCUGAUUUUGGGAAAUUGUCUUUCCUUUGAAUAGAGAUGGCACGGCGUGAUAGGCAUAAGAUGAAACGAAGGCAAAGAUGGGUUUGGGGUUCAAUUGCUACUGCAAUUACUCUUGGCACAGCGGCCUUGGUGUGGUCUUACCUGCCAACAGACAAAGCAUCACCUUCUCCUAGUAGUUCCAGUGCUCCUGAUCAUGAUGAUUGUGCCAAGUGAUAACAUUCUACUAAGAAUGGCUAUGAUGACAUAGCAUCAUAAAUGAGAGUUAGAAUAAAAGGUUGUUUGUUCUGCGUUUUGUAUAGCAAUCCGCUGCUUUUGUUAGCAGUUCUUUCUUUCAUUCCAUGAGACAUCAGGGGAUGUAUAGUACCAUCAAAAUAUAUAGAAAUGUGUAAG